AAAAUCACAAUAUAGUUUCUUUCAUAUAAAUAAAGACAGAAUAUGUAAAUAUGCAGAUUCACAAAUAAUGAAACCAACAAACCAAAACAUUCCUUCAAUUACGGUCCUGUGUUAACCCCGUUUUCUUCAUUCUUAUAUUUGUUUAAAAUUAGUUUUGGUUUAUGUUGUUACUUUCUUUUAUUUCUGCUUUUAGACUGUUCCAUAAUUUAACUCCGUCAGCUUGAGAAAACUAUUAGUUUCCUUCUUUUAUCAGGUAACUGCUGGUUUGUGUCUGCAAUAUCUGCACUGACCUUUCAAACAAAUCUGAUGGAACAAGUUGUACCAAUGGAUCAGUCCUUUGAGGAUUAUGCAGGAAUAUUUCACUUCCGGUUCUGGUGGUUUGGAAAGUGGGUAGAUGUUGUCAUUGAUGACAAUCUGCCAACGAAAAACAAGCAGUUACUGUUUGCGUCCUCGAAAUGUGGAAAUGAGUUCUGGGCUCCUCUGCUGGAGAAGGCAUAUGCCAAACUUUGUGGUUCAUAUGCAAACAUGCGUGGUUGGUCAUCAUCAGAUGCCUUCAAAGAUUUCACUGGAGGUGUGAACCAGAUUUACUAUCCCACAGAGCCCAACGCACCGAGUUGCGAUGAGCUUUGGCUGACACUAAGCAGAGCCACUAAGUGCAAAUCACUGAUUUGCUGUUCGACUUCGUGUAAAGAGGAUGCAAUGGCCAACACUGGAUUGGUGAUGGGGCAUGCCUAUUCUGUCACAGGCAUCACUGAGGUGGAAUUAAACGCCUCCAAAGUACGACUGGUGCGAGUCAUGAACCCAUGGGGCAGACGGGAGUGGAACGGAAAAUGGAGCGACAAGUCAGAUUUGUGGGACAAAGUAAGUCCAGAAGUUAAAAAAAAGUGUUUCGACCGUGACGACGGAGAGUUCUGGAUGCAAAUGGAGGACUUCUGUUCCUGUUUUGCUAAAGUAUACAUCUGCUGUCAGACCCCUAACUUUCUUGAUGGAGACUUAAAAUGUCAGUGGAAUUGCAUGAUUUACGAUGGCAGCUGGGUAGCAGGGACAUCUGCAGGUGGCAAUGUGAAACACUGCCCUGUCAAGGAGGGGAAGAUGAAAAAGAUGACCAUCUUUCUGAGGUUUGAAAAAUCUAUCCGAGACAAAGACAAUGAGAAAGCCACUGAUGAGGAUCCAAACUAUGCCUUAUUUAAACUCUAUGCUGAUCAGAAUCUCUUUCAUCGCUCUGAUGUGAAUGAAAAUGGAUCCCUGUCUGACGAUGAGCUCCAGAAGGCGAUUAAAGCCGCAGGAAUGGAUGUUAAUGAUGCCAGUGUAGGGCUGAUGAUGUCUCGGUAUUCAGGCUUCUCCACCACCUCUUUGGAGGAGUUCACCACUCUCAUGUUGCGCCUGGAUAAGAUGUCAGGUGGAGCCACUUUGAUGACAGACAAAGAGCUGAUGAAGAGAGGGCGUGGAGCUUUUGACUACAGGUCUGCUGAAGGUGUGAUCGCAGUUAAAUGGUUUGACAACAAAUGUGUGAACCUGCUAAGUAAUGCUUCUGCGAUCAUGCCACUUUCAACUGUCAAACGCUGGAGCAAAGAGUCCAAGGCGAAAGUUAUGAUCCCAUGCCCAUCACUCAUCCCUGCAUACAAUGAGCAUAUGGGAGGGAUAGAUCUCUCUGACAUGCUGGUACACCUGUACAAGACCCCAGCCAAGUCUACAAGAUGGUACCUGCCACUCUUUGGUUACAUGCUUGAUCUGUCCAUUGCAAAUUCCUGGCUGGUCUACAAGAGGGAAAGGGGACAACUAAACCAGAAACCAAUCACACUCAAAAGAUUCCGCCUGGCAGUUGCGCAUAGCUUGAAACAAGUCAACAAGCCAGCAUCCAGCUCUCCACCACCACCAAAGAAACGAUACACCCCAAGACCCUCACACCCACAGCCAGAUUAUGGAAUUAAGACUGACCAGGAGGAGCAGUAG